GACAUGUCUACCUGGACCAGAUCCAGGUAGCUUUAUACUCAGGUCACCAUACCAAUAACGGCAGCCAAACGUCAUAUAGAUGUCGUCAUAGUGUCCAUUAGAUAGUAGUUAUAUAAGGAUAUGGACCGGUAUACCAGUAUGUGUGAUUGCUGCUACAAUUAGGUAUUAUUGUAAGUACUCCGUGGACACGGCAGGCUAACAAUGAUCUCAUACUAGUGCGUCAUUGUAUUGUCACUACGGUACCUUCCGAGUGGGGUGAACAAGCCAAUGUCUACCGACACGGAACCGUACACAUACAGGAGAUACACUAAAUAAUAAGUUAUUAACAAUAGUCAGAGUUAUCAAACGCGGAGGAGCAGGGUCGCGGAACACGCUCAAGUGACUAUUCACCUGUGACAUGGACAAACACGAAACAUGCGCGAGGUAUUCCUGGUUUAACGGCAGUCGGGAACAUGUAAUGGUGGCUUUUCUUGUCGGAUAUAGAUAAAACGACUGAGUGAGGAAAUUAAACAUUUGUGUUGAUCAUUGAUGCCGUGUCUAUGUUACCCUAAUUUAAGGUGACGCUGGGAUUUAGACAUGCGGAAAAUACUGAAAAAGUGCACAUAGAAUGUGGAUGUACGAAACAGAUCUCAACCACAUUAGUCGGAUUUUAUUAAUUACAGGCCUUUUGUGUUCCUUUGUACCAGCAGCGCUUGGGUCGACCGGAUGUGGGGGUUAUAUGACCAUAUCUGGGGGUCACACCCGGAAAUUCGGCCUGCCCCCCGGAUACCCGCCAUACACACGCUGUAUAUGGGUUAUUGUGGCUGAUGAGGAACUCCAUGCUAGUCUUACGAUCGAGUCAUUCAGCGGACAGUCAUUAAACGGAGAAUGCGUGGACACCUUAACGGUGAAGGACGGUAAUACUGACCAGAAUGAACUUCUCGCUACUACAUGUGGUACCGUCAGCAACCAAGUCGUGAGGUCAUCCGGUCGGUGGUUGUGGGUAGAGUUUGUCAGCGAUGGAUCCACCGCGUCCACCUCCAUAUCCUUGUUUCUCGCAACUGUUCCCGCAACUCAUUCGAUGGACAACCUCACCAAUCCACUUUUAGCGUGUAAAUCGUUCGAGUUUCAAUGUUCCAACCUUGUGUGUUUACCUCGGGCCUAUCUCUGUGAUGGAUUCAAUGACUGUGGUUGUACUGAAAACUGUGACGAACAAGACUGUAUCGGUCUUGGGUUCGAAUCUCUCACGUUACUGGGGUUCUCGGCCGGGAUCGGAGUGGGGGUAUUCAUCUUCAUCUUCAUCUUUGUAUGGCUGUGGGAGAGACGGCGGCGGCGGAUAGCCAAACAAAAGGAACGCGAGGAUCGCAUGAAGGAAGAAGGAAGAGGUCGACCCUCCAAGAACAAAAAAGACGACAAAAAGGAUAAAAAGGCUAAGAGAAAAAAGAUGGAGAUCUACUGGGUGAGCUGAGCGUCUGGCCACUGGUUAAUUGUACACUAGGGACAUUCCGUGUCAUUACUGUUAACUAGUUCGGAUUUAGUGGAACAAUAAUCGGAUAUUCUUUACACCUUGUCAGGAUCAGUAUGGUACUGGUUAAACUCUUACACAGUAGAUAAAUAACUAGGUAACAUUAUGGGAUGGGUGUAACAUCUAAUGGGUAACUCCCCAGUUGACCGAAGGUUAAUAUCCCCAGGUUACAUGCUGUAAUAACGUAUGGGGGACUUUUCUAUAUAAAAUGUGGCCAGUUAAUAAUUGCUUAAUAACAUAAUGAAGCUUAAUCAGGCCAAGUGCGAGGUUCCAUUUUAACCAAUAUCAUACUGAAUCGCGCAUGUCAAGUAUGGUCCAUAAUGCAUGAUUAUGCAUGUCAAAGCAGGCUGUGUGAUACGCCCGACAAGUGGCAAUAAUUUCUGUAUUUUCACAUAAAUCAUUUCUUCACAAGUUCUUUUUUUCAAGCAUAUUCUAUGAAGUUCAAGUCAAUCAUUUAAUUGUUUUUAAGAGCCAUGGUAGGGCUAUUGCUGUUUUGAUCUUAUCCUUACCUUUAAAAUUGUCUAUGAUCUGUCGUAUUUACCGCCUGCUUUAACAUAAUUUUGUAAUCCAGUUAUUUCACAGAUGUAGCGGUCCAGUAACUUACGUGAGCCAUCUCCGAGACAAACAGUUGCUUCGGCAUUAUCUCCUUAGCUUGAACUGUAACCAACCUCUACAAUGUAACCAAACGGUGUUUUAGGGCAAACUGUCAAAAAUAGUUCAUUUUAUAUCAUGUAACUUGAUGCACGACCAUGGUUUUUCACUACACGUGUAUGGCGACUAUGUAUAAGGUUUGUGAGACUCAAAUUAACUCUAUGAAAUCCUUGUCUUUUCAAAACAAACAUUAGAUAUCUAUUGUCUUUUAAACACCGAUAGGUUAGCAUUGUAACACAGGUUACAGUCGUCACUGAUACAUUAUACAAUCACCUGUCUCGCCUGUAUUACAUUGAGAAUUGAUGUUAAAAUAAAUCUGAAAAUACAUUUCAUAAAUAAGAUAAAUACUUUCCCUUUAUUGGAAUUGUUCUGCUUAGCCACCAAAUUAUCAAAUACAACAGCUGAUUCGGGACUCCUCUAUUGAUACACACGUAACCGUGGUAACAUUUCCUUGGUUACUGAAGUAAUACCUGCGUUGUCAUGGUGAUUGUAUAAUGAAACGUCUGCCUUAUUCCUGCUUGAUUGUUGUCUCAUCAAUAUUCUUUUCAGCAUGAUAUCGGAAAGCAUGAUGUGCAUGAAAUAAAUACUUAUUAUGCAAACAAACUUCCUGGCUAUAAAAUAACAAUAGGUGACAAACAUUUUCUUGAUGACAGAAAUAACAAUGGCUUUCAAACAUCUCCCUGACUAUAGAAUUAACUAUAGGUGAUAAACAUCUUUCUGACUAUAGAAUUAACUAUAGGUGACAAAUAUCUCCCUGGCUAUAGAAUUAACUGUAGGUGACAAACAUCUUCCUGACUAUAGAAUUAACUAUAGGUAACAAACAUCUUCCUGGCUAUAGAAUUAACUGUAGGUGACAAACAUCUUCCUGACUAUAGAAUUAACUAUAGGUAACAAACAUCUUCCUGGCUAUAGAAUUAACUAUAGGUAACAAACAUCUUCCUGACUAUAGAAUUAACUAUAGGUGACAAAUAUGUCCCUGGCUAUAGAAUUAACUAUAGGUGACAAACAUCUUCCUGACUAUAGAAUUAACUAUAGGUGACAAACAUCUUCUUGAUAACAGAAUUAACUAUAGAUAAUUAACAUCUUAAUGACUAUAGAAUUAACUGUAGAUGACAAACAUCUACCUGACUAUAGAAUUAACAAUAGGUAAUAAACACCUGAUUGACACAAGAAAUAACAAUAGCUUAUCAAUACCAUACCAGGAUGGAAUCAAUUUAUCUUACAAACAACAAUAACUGAAUGACAUCCCUAGCGAUAAAGUCGUGAAGUGUAAGAGAAAGAAAUGCCUGCACGUGGACACAUCUUCCGGAUAUACCUGUUCUUCCUCUCCUUUGAUAAAAUGUCGACAUUUGUUGAUUAAUUAGGACGUGUCAUAGGACUGCCAGGAUUGGAAAAUAUUUAUCUCUAUCGGGAACUAGCAAGGAGAAUCGUCCAAUAUGUUCAAAUGUUAGUGAUUUUAGUAAUGGUACGUAUCCAGCAUUAUUUUAAUCGUUGUAGUUAUAUGGCAGCAUGCAUGAUCCCUAAGCUUACCCUAUGUGAACUCAUAUUGAAAACGUCAAAAGAAAAAAAAGUUUCAUUAUAUCAAUCUGUUAAAACUAUUUAUGAAAUAAUAUGUUCAUGAAGGCGAUUUCCUGUAAAUAGUGAGUCUGUGACGGUAUUUAACUUUUUUCUAUUCUUAUUCAAGUUUUUGUAUGUAAGUGUUUUACUAUUAUGUAUUCAUGUUAGGAGAAUAGCUGCAGUGUAUUUCAUGGAAGUCAUAAAGUGGGUACUGUAUACUACUCAGUGUUUAUAUCUUUGCAUUGGUUGACAGUUUACAUUGACAUGGCUGUGAUUGGUGACAGUGACAUAGCUGUGAUUGGUGACAGUGACAUGGCUGUGAUUGGUGACAGUGACAUAGCUGCGAUUGGUGACAAUGGUGUGGCUGUGAUUGGUGACAGUGACAUGGCUGUGAUUGGUGACAGUGACGUGGCUGUGAUUGGUGACAGUGACGUGGCUGUGAUUGGUGACAGUGACAUGGCUGUGAUUGGUGACAGUGACAUAGCUGUGAUUGGUGACAAUGGCGUGGCUGUGAUUGGUGACAGUGACAUGGCUGUGAUUGGUGACAGUGACGUGGCUGUGAUUGGUGACAGUGACGUGGCUGUGAUUGGUGACAGUGACAUGGCUGUGAUUGGUGACAGUGACAUGGCUGUGAUUGGUGACAAUGGCGUGGCUGUGAUUGGUGACAGUGACAUGGCUGUGAUUGGUGACAGUGACAUGGCUGUGAUUGGUAACAGUUACGUGGCUGUGAUUGGUGACAGUGACAUGGCUGAGAUUGGUGACAGUAUUAUGAUCUUUAGAUUUGAUAUAAAAUUAUAAAGAGGUAUAUACAACGUCAUCGGCUUCAAAAAUUGAUGAUGACAAUGGUUUAAUGACGAAAAACAAAAUGUUUCUACUUUGUUUGGAUGUAGACUUUGGUGACUAUUUAUUAAUGAAUAUCCUUACAUAAUCGCGUCUUUUUUAAGAUAUGACUGUUAUAUAAAAGAGUUUAAAUGGACUGGGAACCAGAAACCGUAUCAUUGUGUGAAUGUGCGUGUGUGUCUGUAAUUAAUCAGUGUGUGAAUGAUCAAACAACAUUACUAUUUCCUGCGUGUGUGUACACGUGCAAUACAUUUCUGAGUGUGUGUUUUCAUUGAUCUUACACGCAUAUAUUUAAUGUAAAUAUGAUUAUGUGUAAUAUAAUUCAAGCAGCAUUUAAGAUAUGGAUACAUGUUUUAAGUGCUUAUCGGUUGGGAGUGUCGGUGUCAUUUGAUGGAAUUAUGAUAUAUAUUAAGUUUUAUAAGUUAAAUGUUUUAUAAAUGUGGUAUUUUCAGUAUGAACACAAUUGAUAACUGUUGUAUGCGAGAAAACGUGCAAUGUGUCUGCAUGCAAGCGCUUGUGAUUUACGUGUGUUUUGCGUUUGUGCCUUUGUGUAUUUGAUUGUUAUUGUGAUGAUACAUCAUGUGAUGUUAUGCGUCAAAAGGUAAAAACACAAAAUCUACAGUAUAAGUUACAACUACAUAAUUCAGACAUGGAUCGUGUAAAGAAGACAAUCUUUUAGAACGUGAUGCAUUUUACCACGUGAUACAGACAACAAUGCAUCACGUGAUACAGACAAUUAAAUACUAAGUGACACGAACUUGUUUCUGCCUGAGUGCUGAACGCAUUGUUUUCUAAAUAUUUGAUUUUGGUGUCUGAGAAUGUGGCAUUGCUUAAAUAAAAGAUUGAUUGAC